CCGCAACAUCAACAACUCUCAGUAGAGAAACUAACCCGCGGCCCCCGACCACCUGUUUGUGCAAGCUAUGGAGGCCACCUACUGCAUCGGAUCCGACAUGGAUGUCUGCAGGAUGUUCGACCAGUAUCUGUACAAGAGGAGUGAAAACAUCGAUGUGGCACUGUCAGUACCAAACCACGUACACAACGGCUACGGAAUGAAUGAACAGACAUUUCACACACCAAGUUUCGGAGAUGAGGACUUCGACAUACCCCCAAUUAACCCACAUCAAAGCAGCAAUGGCGGCCAACAACAGAAUAAUCUCAGCUACCAUCCACAGAUAUCGAUGCCUAUGAGCCAGACUACCAAUUCGAUGUCCAUGAGUGACCAUUCAUCGCCAUAUCAGCCCCUUUUCCUGUCUCCUCCGCACGAGCACAACAUGAACCUCAAUAUGAAUGGCUACAAUGGCCAGCAGCAAAAUGGAUAUAGGCUGCCUCCCAGUUCCUUGCAGCAGCUGCAACACUACAGUAUGGGACCGCCCCAGUCGACUCCUCCGCAGGCCAGGCCUACUGCAUCGCCACAGGGGAGUCAUCCCCAUGACACUACCACAACCAGUGAUGACAGCGAUGAUUCUACUCCUCACACUCACCUGGUUGCUGGAAUGAAAAGACCAUCUCCUGAACCAGCAGAAAAUGGUUUAGCCAAAAUCCAGAAAAAGCCAAAAACACAAAAGAAGAAGAAGAAGAGGGAUCCCAAUGAACCACAAAAACCAGUUUCGGCAUAUGCUCUAUUCUUUAGGGACACUCAGGCAGCAAUCAAAGGGCAAAAUCCAAAUGCCAGUUUUGGUGAGGUGUCAAAGAUUGUUGCUUCAAUGUGGGACUCAUUGGAUGCAGAACACAAAAAUGUGUAUAAGAAGAAAACUGAGGCUGCAAAAAAAGAUUAUCUUAAGGCAUUAGCAGCUUACAGAGCAAGUCUUGUUUCCAAGGGUGGAAAUGAACAAGAGACUAUGUAUGGAGGUUAUGGUGGAUAUGGAGGAGGAUAUAGUGGCUAUUCGCCACCUACAGGUCUUCCUUCUCCACCUAUGUCUGCACCCUCACCACAACACCAUUUGAAGAAGCCUACACAUCCAAUGAUGCCACAAGACAACAGGCAAAAUCAAACAACUCAGGUCAUGAUGGGCCAUAUGGGACAGCAACAACCUCAACAACAGCAACAGCAGCAGCAGCAACAAAGCCAGUCACCUCAGCAACAGCAACAGCAACAUAUGCAACAAGUUAACCAACCUUCCCAGCAGCAAGUAAACCCCAACAACUACAUGCAGCAGCAGUGGUCAUGGUGUUACAGGAGCCCCCCAACGGCGGGGGUGAGCCAGUGAAUCCACCCCCGAAUCAUUGCAUCCGCGCCGGCUGCACCAACAUCGCUGUAGCCAACUCGGAGUGGGAAGACGAAUAUUGCAGUAAUGAAUGUGUCGUUACUCACUGCAGAGACGUUUUUAGUUCUUGGGUAGCGUCUAAUCAGAAUGCGGCUGUGAAAUAGACAUUUUGUGUGAACCUUAUUAGUGACCACGUGUACAGUUAUGUCAUUUUAUGUAAAGUGGAAGAAAAAGAAAAAAAAUACAAAAAAAAAGUUGUUUUUAAUUAUUUUUAUGUUAAUGAUCGAAAGUAUAAACAAGUGAUUGUAUACCCUCCAGGUUUAUCACUUUGGUUAUGGUGAAGAUUUUGUAUGUUAUAUAAACCUGAUAUGAUAUUAUAUUGUAAUUGGGAUUUUAGUAAAUCCUACGUAUAUAUAUAAAUAUAUACCUAUAUUUGUUUGUAUAUAUAUAUGAAUACUGUUAAAAAUGUUGAUUUUAAAAUUUGUAUUAUGUAUAUAUUAUCUUCGCCAUAAUCAGGUUGAUAUAUACCUUAUACUGUGGGCAUUAUUUUAUAAAAAAUACUCGCCCUUAUGAUGCAUGUUCAUCCCAUCUUCGAAUAUAAAUAUAUAUAAAUAAAAAAAUAUGGUAGGUAGACUUAGUUGUUAGAGAAGUUUUAUCAACUGCAAGGUGUCUAUAUAAAACCUGUCAAAAUAAAUAAAAUAUAAAGAAAAAGAAAAAAAAAAAAAAAGCGUUUAGUAUGUGACAUUAUUAAUUAACGUAUAUGCUCAUCAUGUUGGUUUACUUUCCAAUUUUAUGUAUAAAUGAAUCUUUGUAUUAGACAUGUAUAUGAGAUAUUUUAUUACUGGUCAAAGUGCGGCAGUAUUGGAGAAAACUGUUAUAGAGGUGAUUUUUGAUGCAAACAAGAUUUAGUCGAGUAUUUCUUUUUGUAGUUUCCCUAUUUUUAUUUUUGUUUCCCCCCUAUCUGUGUACCUGUGUUUGGUACAUAUUUUGUUUGCAUUGGAACUCACCUUUGAUUAUAAGUGCUUUUUUUUUAAUAUUUUGUAUCAUAGAUAUAUAUAUUUUUUUUUUUUUCGAAUAGGGUACUGAAAAAGUAUUAGUUUUUGUUCUUUAAUUAGAAAAAAAGGUGUAGGUUUUUUUUUAAAAUAUUUAUUUUGAGUUACCACUCUCAUUUUGUAUAUGUAAAUUAUAAAUUCUAAACAUCUUCAUUUUUUUCCUAUGACUUAACUUAUUUUUGUUGAUAUUGAAGUAUUUAAUAUAGUUAUAAAAAUUAUCAAUGUUUAUAUUUUUAUAUGUUGAUGAACUUCGAGGUUUAUGAUGUAAUAUAUGAUAACAUCGAUGAAAAUUGGUAAAAUAUUGUUUGAAUUAUUAAAAAUAAUUUCUUCUCAGGAUGAAAACAAUUUAUAAUAUGGGCAUGACAAGAAUUGUCUCGGAAUUUCAGGUCCUACACCUUUAUUCAUGAUGUUAAAAUAUUAUUUUUGUUUAAUGUGUUUAAAUAAACCAUUAGAAAUAAAUGGCAUUUUUCAAAAGAUGAUAACGAUUAGAUGCACGGUGACCAUAUAGUAUAUAGAUUGUAAAUUGUAAGGCAAAAUAAAAAGUAAAAUUAUUUA